CUCAGGUCCAGCUCUCUCAGAUGUGAGGGGUUGGACUUCAGAGCUGAGGCCAAGACUUCACACUGAGUGUCAAACAAUCGACCGCUGGAGAGCCUGCGGAGUUAACAGAAGAUUUGUGAUGACUGGAGCAAAGCUGAGGACUGAUCUGCAGUCGAGGGACUCUGCGAUCCACACUGCGCACAACUCCGAGGACAAAAUGUCUACUGGAUGUGGACCCUGAACUUACCAAGCCCGUCUGCAAUUCCUGACAGCCGGGAUCAGUCUAAGUUGUCCCUCCUCGCUCAUCCUGUACGCCUUCAUGUCCAGCACAUCGUGGACCUCCUCUGAUGCGGUCAGCAUGAAGGCCAGAGCCGAGCAGUGGAUCUCGUUCUUCUCGGGUCUCGGGUUUGUUCUUGUCCCGUCUUUGUCUCCUGUCGUCUGCGGCGGCGAAUCUUUGGUUUCACGCCUGAUAAGGUGAGAUCACACACAGCUGCAGGUAAGGAAAACAUCAGAGGUGUGUGUGUGUGUGAUGACAUAAAUCUCUCCCGUUCAUCUAAAGGCAAAUGUGUGUGUGCGACAUGUUUUCUUGAAUGAUCUCAUAAUUACUGCUGUGUGUGUGUGUGUGUGUGUGUGUGUGUGUGUUAUCUUACCAUUCAGGCCUGAUUGUAUCGUCGCAAUUAAAUCACACCAACACACACGCAGGUGUCAUCAUUUUGUGUGGAAAGUCAAAUGUCACUGACAGGUAGUGAAAGGUGAGUGUGUGUGUGUGAGUGUGUGUGAGUGUGUGUGUGUGUGUGUGUGUGUGUUCUUGUCCUGUUUGUGUUUUCAGAGAUUCUCUGAAACGUUUAACUGUGGUGGGAAGUGAUGAAGUACUUUUGUUAAAAUACUGCACUUGAGUGCAGUGUUGAGGUACUUUAUACUUCUGCUGCAGCACACACACACACACACAGCCAGAAGACAUCAGUCAGAACCACCGGUGGAAAAGUACACACAAGUACUGCACUGAAGAAGUACUUGUACUUCACUUCACAGCUUUCAUCUUACGCCACCUUGUACUUUUACUUCUGUGCCUUCAGUUUGCAGAGUAAUACACACAGGAAGCUGUACUAACAGAUACUGACUGAGGCAUACUUCACUGUACUCUUUAUAUUCCUCUUGUAUUUUAACUUUAAAGUACAUUUUUUAACUUUCACUGCAGUGAGACCUGCUUCCUCUUCCUCUUCCUCUUCCUCUGCUCAUUACGUCAGACAGAAGAACCUUUUUCCUCAGGUGAUAAUUGAAAUCUUUGUGUGUCUUUGUGUGUGUGUCUCAUGAAAUGUGUUUCUGUUUGUGUGUCACACUGAAGUCGUUCGGGUUUUCCACUAAAAUAAAAACAAAACAAUCAAAAUAAAUUUCACGCGUUGUUUAAUAAAAUGUAUUCUAAGUCAUUUCCAUUGCACGUUAGAUCUGGAGUCCCGGGGACACGUUCCUGUCCCCCUCCUCCCCCCUCCUCCCCCCUCCUCUCUGUAUCGAUGGCCGCAGGUGAGCGGGUGCGCGGGUAUCGAUGUGUGCGCGGGGCGCGUGGCAGGGCGUGUGGGCGGGCCCGGGUCCGCGCGAGGCAUCCUAUAAAAUGGAUCAGGGCCCGGGUCCGUCUCAUCGCUCCUCAUCCCUCCGCUCAGACGCGCAGCAUCACCUGAGAGUCGGCUUGUCCUUCCGGUGUGGACACACGAGAGAAAGAGAAGAACCGGGAUUUGAGCAGAACAGCAGGGACUCACCUGAGACCGCUCAGCGCACGUUUCAGAGACACACAGAGCUCACUGAGAGACCAACAGUGUCUCAGGUCCCCGCAGCAGCCAUGACCCUGCAGCCGCUGAUGGUUCUGUGCGCCGCGCUCGAGCUGCUGCUGCUGCUGCUGUGUUCCCGCGGCGGGGACGCGCGUGUCAGACUCAACUCAGUCAGGACGGUGAUCCUGAGGGAGGGGCACGCGCUGCCGGGGAACAGGAGCACGUGGGAGCCGAGCCUGGACCUGACGCUCUACCAGUGCAUGAGUGACCUGGAGUGCAGCGAGGGGAGCUACUGCCACGCCUCCACCAAAGGCCCCGCCCACUCCCGCUGUCAGACCUGCCGUCGGAGGAAGAGGCGUUGCCAUAGGGACGGCAUGUGUUGCCCGGGCAACCGCUGUAGCCACAAUGUCUGCGUUCCUGAUGUGGACAGUUUCGUGUCUCAGACCAUCCCGGACUCAGCUAAGAAGAAGGGAUGGAGGAAGAAGAGGAGGAUGGACGUCAAAGAGCCCUCUGGUCAGGUCGGGGAUCCUUGUCUCCGCUCCUCCGACUGUUCCGACGGUUUGUGCUGCGCCCGUCACUUCUGGACUCGUAUUUGCAAGCCAGUGUUGCGAGAGGGACAGGUUUGCACGCGACACCGCCGGAAGGGGAACAACGGCCUGGAGCUGUUCCAGCGCUGCCCGUGUGGUGGCGGACUCACCUGCCGAACGCUGCGAGAGCCCAGCGCCCCGCGUUCGUCACCCUCCUCUUCUUCAUCGCUGCUGGCCGAGGCCACCAAGUCCAAGUUCGCCGCAUCCUCCUCCUCGUCUCGCCACUCCUCCCCCCACACUUCACUGCUUUCUCCGUCCUCAAAGUCGUCGUCAUCUUCACCUGUGGCAAAGACUAGACUUCACGUGUGCCAGAAGGACUGAGGAUGAAUGGACGGGAGGAAGGACUGUCGGAGGGGAGGAGGGAAGAAGAGCAGCAUGAAAGGAGGGAAGAAAGAAAGAACUUUGUGUCUGUGCUGAUGACUGAUCCCGAGGGGGUAAGAGGCAGAGACCAGCGGAGGGAGGGGUGAACAACCACACCUGUUUACACCUGUGAGCUCCCAGCAGCCCCUCCUCCUCCUCACUCAGUGCUAAUGAGCUUCCUGUCAGGCUGCAUUCACACACAAACUGGGCAGGAUGUGAAACUCUUUGUGCUUCAGAUCUGGUUUCCUCAUGGGCGUCUAGACGAGCAGAAACCCGCUUUGAAAUCCGGUUUGACCCCACUUCCACGAAAAGAAGAGGCAUUGAUAUUGAAAACCUGAUACAUGCUGUUGUCGUGGCCUCCAGCAAGCUUAGGGGGACCACAGAGAUCGCAUGCUGUUAUUUUGAAAAACCAUACGGUAGAAACCGACCACAGUAAAACUUUAUAGCCAAAUAAGGAAAAUGUGAUGUAAUUGUGAGAUAAGAGGAAGUUGGUCUGACUUUGCAGGACUCUGAGGCUGCAUAACGUUCCACUGACGCACCGUCUCGUCUUCAGUCAGACCGGAGCAAACUGGACACCAAUCGAAACUCGUUCACAUCAGUAAAGUGUGAAACGUCGCCUCGUUAAACCAAAAAGUGUCCCUGCCCGACCCGUCAAGGCCCGUUUGAAUGCACUGUUGUUAUUGUGACAGAGUUAUUUUUCUAUAAGUUGUUCCUGUAUAUUUCGGAUGAAUGUUGGUCUAAUUAUUUGCCUGUUUAUGUGUCAUUCUGCCGGUUUAUUUUGGGGGUUUAAGUCCACCACUUUGAGAAGGAAUCCUCUGUUUCUGUAUUGUAAGGCAGCCUGUCAGUCAGUCAUUAAUCUGUACUUUUAAGAUUAAAACGAUUUGACAUUUACAACAAG